AUGAAGCUGCCUGAAGCUGACGGGGCUGUGGGCGUGCUCCUGCUGGAAGUAUCGAUGAUGACCCCGCAGCCUGCAGCUGCCUUCCACAUGCCCGAGGCUGAGAUGAUGCGGUGGCUGCUGGUUGCGCUUGUGAGUGUGGCACAGGCCGAGCUCCACACUGAUCAGCUACGGCCGUCCGUCCAGGACGUGCAGAAGAACGUGCACAAGACUUCUCGCGAACUCUUAGAGAGGGAUGCGCAAGCAGCCAUCCACCAUGCGCUGGUCAAGGCGUUCGACAAGGCAUCUGAUCUCGCUUCGGACAAGACCUUGCAUGAGUCACAGGAGGUAGCAGAGGAGGCAGCCACAGAUGCCGCCAAUGAGGUGGCCGAGGAGGUGGCAGAAGAAGUGGCUAAGGAAGCCACGAAGGAGGUGUCAAAGCAAAGGGCGAUGAGCAAAGAGGCGCUGCGCCGAGAGAGGCAAAAGCUCCGCCAGCAUCGCCAGCAUCAGGAGGUGCUCGAGGAACGAAUGGCGAUGCGGGCACGAAGGAUGGCGGAGAGAGAGCAGAGACGUCAGAUCCCAAUCAAGCCCAGUGUGUUCAGCGAGAGCUUGAGUCCCCGAUUGGCGGGCGUCAAGAUCAACAAGCUGAUCGAUGGCUUCCUCUCCGCCAAGCCGGUGAAUGUCAACUCCAACAUCUCCCCCAAGCAUCCCUUGGUCUUCAUGCAUCAGGCCAAGUCUGGAGGCACCUCAUUGAGGCAGGAGCUUCACGAGGCGGCCUACAAUCUUGGUUUGAAGACCUACAUCCCGUGCCACGACGUAGACUGCCAGGAGUACAACACCGUUGGCCACAACGCUGCAGUCUAUGGAGGCCACUUUUGUUGGACCUCCUUGGCAAAGGACUUUGCCCGCCGCGGUGUGAACGACUUCUCCUGCGUGACCAUCUUCCGAGAUCCCGUUCCGCGAGUCCUGUCCUGCUACUCGUACCGGCUGGUCGGGAAGCUGAACUCUGCGCCCACCUGUGUGGCCGACGUGCCUCCGGAGAAGCUGAAGAACGAGCUGCUUGGCCACGCUUGCGCCGACGAGCCCUUCCGCAGGAUCGGCGAUUGCAACGCUGCAGGCGAGAUCGAACACUUUGAGACGAAUCAGGAGCGCGUCAAAGGCUGGAGCCAGACUCUGGCUCACCUGUCCAAGUGCGUUCCCCUGAUCAUCGAGGAGCCCGAGUCCUACAAGGUGGCUGCGGCGGCAUUUCCACAAAUGGCAGACGCGUUCCUGAACCUGGGGAAGGUGAAGCUGAACAAGAACAAGGAGUACGACAGCCAUUGCCAUCCCACUCCAGCGCAUCUGCGUGCCGUUCGAGCUGUGACAUCGCAGGAGUCCAGGAUCUACAAGGCUGCGCGCAAGCGCAUGUGGCAAUUGCAUCGGCUUCUUGUGAAGUGA